GGUCCGGCGCGCGUGCGCGGUGGCGCCGCCGAGCGCUGACUGGAUCCUAGGCGCGCAGCAGCGAGCCCGACCCUGUCGGCGCUGAGGUGGCGGGACUCGCGGCGGCGCGGCAGCUGGAGGGCUCCUGUGGGGCAGGACCCAUGUUUCUGGACCAGAUGAAGCCUGAGAAGCCUUCCAGCUGUAAGAUAUUAGGAAGAAAAAACUUCUAAGUCUGGAUCUGCAAAAGACUUGCCUCGUCUCUUCACAAUGUCAGGAAGCUACAUACCUUCUGCCUCUGGUCCCUUCUCAGCCCUGACUCCGAGCAUAUGGCCCCAGGAGAUCCUGGCCAAGCACACGCAGAAGGAAGAGUCAGUGGAGCAACCAGAGUUCUACUACGACGAGUUCGGUUUCCGGGUGGACAAGGAAGAGGGUGCCGACCCCAGUUCUAGCAGGCUGCCUGCUGUGUCUCUGAUGGAGGACCCUCCCCAACGGCUGCGGUGGCAGGCCCACCUGGAGUUCACCCAUAACCACGAUGUGGGCGAUCUCACCUGGGACAAGAUUGCUGCCUCCCUGCCCCGCUCAGAGAAGCUCCGCUCCCUGGUGCUGGCCGGCAUCCCACACAGCAUGAGGCCACAGCUGUGGAUGCGGCUCUCCGGGGCCCUGCAGAAGAAGAGGAACUCAGAGUUGUCCUACCGGGAGAUGGUGAAGAACAGCUCCAACGAUGAGACCAUUGCUGCCAAACAGAUUGAGAAGGACCUGCUCCGCACCAUGCCCAGCAACGCCUGCUUCGCCAAUGAGAGCAGCAUCGGGGUGCCCCGCCUGCGCAGGGUUCUCCGAGCACUGGCCUGGCUCUACCCUGAGAUUGGUUACUGCCAGGGCACAGGCAUGAAGGGUGCUGCUGCUCAUUUGUGUGGAGACCUGGGUCGAGGCCCCUUGUCCCCCUGCCCUGGCCAGGUGGCCGCCUGCCUCCUGCUGUUCCUGGAGGAGGAGGACACCUUCUGGAUGAUGUGCGCCAUCAUCGAGGACCUGCUCCCUGCCUCCUACUUCAGCACCACCCUGCUGGGCGUCCAGACAGACCAGCGGGUCCUGCGCCACCUCAUUGUCCAGUACCUGCCCCGCUUGGACAAGCUGCUCCAGGAGCAUGACAUUGAGCUGUCCCUGAUCACGCUGCACUGGUUCCUCACGGCCUUCGCCAGCGUGGUGCACAUCAAGCUGCUGCUGCGCCUCUGGGACCUGUUCUUCUACGAGGGCUCCCUGGUGCUCUUCCAGGCCACGCUGGGCAUGCUGCGCCUCAAGGAGGAGGAGCUGAUCCAGUCAGAGAACUCGGCCUCCAUCUUCAACACGCUGUCGGACAUCCCCUCGCAGAUGGAGGACGCGGAGCUGCUGCUGGGGGAGGCCAUGCGGCUAGCUGGCUCCCUCACGGACGUGGCUGUGGAGACCCAGCGCCGCAAGCACCUGGCCUACCUUCUUGCAGACCAGGGUCAGCUGCUGGGGACCAGCACCACCACCACCACCAACCUCUCUCAGGUGGUUCGUCGCAGGACGCAGCGGAGGAAGUCUGGUUUCACCUCCCUGCUCUUCGGGGAGGACGACCUAGAGGCACUCAAGGCCAAGAACAUCAAGCAGACGGAACUGGUGGCUGACCUCCGGGAAGCCAUCCUCCGUGUGGCACGUCAUUUCCAGUGCACUGACCCCAAAAACUGUAAUGUGGAGCUGACUCCAGACUAUAGCAUGGAGAGCCACCAGCGGGACCACGAGAACUAUGUGGCCUGCUCACGCAGCCACCGGCGCAGGGCCAAGGCCCUGCUAGACUUCGAGCGACACGAUGACGAUGAGCUAGGCUUUCGCAAGAAUGACAUCAUCACGAUCAUUUCUCAGAAGGAUGAGCACUGCUGGGUCGGGGAGCUGAAUGGCCUAAGAGGCUGGUUUCCAGCCAAGUUUGUGGAAGUCCUGGAUGAACGGAGCAAAGAGUACUCCAUCGCGGGGGAUGACUCUGUAACGGAGGGCGUCACAGACCUUGUGCGAGGGACCCUCUGCCCAGCCCUCAAGGCCCUGUUUGAACACGGACUGAAGAAGCCGUCUCUGCUCGGGGGCGCCUGCCACCCCUGGCUGUUUAUUGAGGAGGCAGCAGGCCGGGAGGUGGAGAGAGACUUCGAUUCGGUGUAUUCUCGCCUGGUGCUGUGUAAGACAUACAGGUUGGAUGAAGAUGGCAAAGUUCUGACCCCGGAGGAACUGCUCUAUCGGGCAGUGCAGUCUGUGAAUGUGACCCACGACGCUGCACAUGCGCAAAUGGAUGUCAAGCUCCGCUCUCUCAUCUGUGUGGGGCUCAAUGAGCAGGUCCUACACCUGUGGUUGGAGGUGCUCUGCUCCAGCCUGCCAACCGUGGAGAAGUGGUACCAGCCCUGGUCCUUCCUGCGAAGCCCCGGCUGGGUCCAGAUCAAGUGUGAGCUCCGUGUCCUCUGCUGCUUUGCCUUCAGCCUCUCCCAGGACUGGGAACUUCCUAUGAAGAGAGAGGAGGAGAAGAAGCCCCUGAAGGAGGGCGUCCAGGACAUGCUGGUGAAGCACCACCUUUUCAGCUGGGAUAUAGAUGGGUGACACACUUCCUCCAAUGGCCCUGUCACACCCAGACCUCUCCCAACCCGUCGGCUACCAGAGCAGCUGCUUCCUUAAGAGAAGGGCGUUGGGAUGGGGGCUGGCGUGGUCCAGGCCUAACCCAAGCUACGGGACCAAGGGAAGACGACACUGGAGUUUGGCCAGGCACCAUGGUAGGGAGAUUGGAGACACCACCCUGGUGGCAGCAGGUGGGGCCUGGCUCACUCUAUCCCUCCCAGUGUCUAUGGAGGCUCCAGGCCCCACCCUCACUACUUGUACUGACCAAACUCCUCAUGAGGAGGUAGAGAGCCACCUCUGUCCGCUUUUGCUCAGGAAGGGAGUGGGGGUGGCUAAAGGCUCCUUGGCCUGUAAAUAAAUUGUCUUUGAGAAGCA